AUGUCUUCAGAGCCAGCGUCAGCGUCCGACACUGGCAGGAGAGGCCUCAGGAAGCCGUGUUCGUUCAGCAUCGAGGACAUCCUCUCCAGCCCGGCAGAGAAGAGCCCCCAGGUCCUGGUCCCGCUGUGCCUGCGGGGCAUCUUGGACUGCGCACCCAAGGCGCUGUGUGAGCUGGAGACCAUCCCAGCCAGCUCCCUGCAGGAGGAGGAGGAGGAGGAGGAGGAGGAAGAGCUGGAAGGUGCAGGUUGCAACUGCUGCUGCUGUUCUCACACGAGUGCCCGUUCCCUGCAAGACUCGCCAAGCUGGCUGGAUGCGCGGUUCCCCUGGCCCAUGCGGCUCUUCCACUCAGCAGUCAGGGUCUGCAAGAGUCCCCAGGGGAGCCCAAGCGAGCUGCAGACUUUCCACCAGAUCCAGCGCCGGACGCGCCGGCAUCGCACCAUUUUCACCGAGGACCAGCUGCAGGCCCUGGAGACGCUUUUCCAUCAGAACCAGUACCCGGACGUCAUCACCCGUGAGCACCUGGCAAACCGCAUUCACUUGAAGGAGGAGAGGGUAGAGGUUUGGUUUAAAAAUCGUCGGGCCAAGUGGCGGCAUCAGAAGAGGGCGUCUGCUUCAGCACUCAUCCUUCAAGGCACCAAGAAGCCCUCUGAGGAGAGCUGUUAG